CGUCUCCUCCCCCAAAACCCUAAUCGCCAUUGAAGCUCCAUUGAGAGCUCGAGAGAGGAAUCGGAGACGAUGAGGCCACUGGACGAGAAGGAGACGACGGCGGUGUUCGAGAAGCUCUUCAAAUUCACCGGACCAAACCUCAAGCACAUCGUGGAACGCCCCGCCACCGAGGGCCCCGAAGACGGCGGCGGCCGCUACUGUUUUCGCCUCCACAAGAACCGCGUCUUCUAUGUCAGUGAAUCUCUCGUCCGCCGCGCCACCAACAUCUCCCGUGACCGCCUCGCAUCCAUCGGCACUUGCAUCGGCAAAUUCACCAAAGGCGGCAGCUUCCGCCUCACCGUCCAGUCCCUGGAUCUCCUCGCCGCCCAUGCUCGUCACAAGGUCUGGCUGAAGCCCACCUCCGAGCAGUCUUUUCUCUUCGGGAAUCCUGUUCUCAAGGGCGGGCUUGGGAGGAUAACUGAGAACACCAAGGCUGGCGAUGGCGUCGUUGUCUUCUCCAUGUCUGAUUUGCCGCUAGGGUUUGGGAGUUGCUGCAAGGUCAGCGCAGGAUUGCAGGAAAGCAGAAGUGAAAUCUAUUGUUGUCAAUCAUCAGUCUGACAUUGGGGAGUAUCUCAGGAUGUCUGAUGAUAUCUGAAUUUCCACAAUCAAUGGAUUUAGGAUAUUAUUUUCAGCGAAGCUGCCGAUUCAACUGGUUUUCGCAUUUGCAGGCUUAUUUAUGAUUGAGUUGCAUAGGUUGCAUUUCUGCUGGUAAGGUUUUUAUAAGCACUCUUUAAUAUGUCAACAGCAUGUCCAAUUUUGCAA